CUCUGACCCCUCAAGAUGUGUGACGACGAUAUUGCUGCUCUGGUCAUCGACAAUGGUUCAGGAAUGUGCAAGGCUGGAUUCGCUGGGGACGACGCCCCUAGGGCGGUGUUCCCCUCCAUUGUGGGGAGGCCCAGACACCAGGGUGUGAUGGUUGGUAUGGGACAGAAAGACAGCUAUGUUGGAGAUGAGGCCCAGUCCAAGAGAGGUAUCCUGACACUGAAAUACCCCAUUGAGCAUGGUAUUGUCACCAACUGGGAUGACAUGGAGAAGAUCUGGCACCACACCUUCUACAAUGAGCUGAGAGUUGCCCCUGAGGAACACCCAGUUCUUCUCACUGAGGCUCCACUCAACCCCAAAGCCAACAGAGAAAAGAUGACACAGAUCAUGUUCGAGACCUUCAACUCCCCUGCAAUGUACGUAGCUAUUCAGGCUGUUCUUUCUCUGUAUGCAUCAGGUCGUACCACUGGUAUUGUCUUGGACUCUGGUGAUGGUGUUACCCACACUGUCCCAAUCUAUGAAGGUUACGCCUUGCCCCAUGCUAUUAUGAGAUUGGAUUUGGCUGGUCGUGAUCUCACUGAUUACUUGAUGAAGAUCCUCACAGAGAGAGGCUACAGCUUCACCACUACAGCAGAAAGAGAAAUUGUCCGUGACAUUAAAGAAAAGCUCUGCUACGUUGCUCUUGAUUUUGAUCAGGAAAUGCAGACCGCUGCUACGUCAUCUUCUUUGGAGAAAAGCUAUGAGCUCCCGGAUGGUCAAGUCAUCACUAUUGGUAAUGAGAGGUUCCGCUGUCCAGAGGCUGAAUUCCAGCCCUCGUUUAUUGGUAUGGAGUCUGCAGGUAUCCACGAAACCACCUACAACUCCAUCAUGAAGUGCGACGUCGAUAUCCCUAUGUACGUAGCAAUUCAGGCUGUUCUCUCUCUGUAUGCCUCUGGUCGUACCACUGGUAUUGUCAUGGACUCUGGUGAUGGUGUUACCCACACUGUCCCAAUCUAUGAAGGUUACGCCUUGCCCCAUGCCAUUAUGAGAUUGGAUUUGGCUGGUCGUGAUCUCACUGAUUACUUGAUGAAGAUCCUCACAGAGAGAGGUUACAGCUUCACCACUACAGCAGAAAGAGAAAUUGUCCGUGACAUUAAAGAAAAGCUCUGCUAUGUUGCUCUUGACUUUGAGCAAGAAAUGCAGACCGCUUCAACAUCAUCAUCCCUUGAAAAGAGCUACGAGCUUCCUGAUGGUCAGGUAAUUACCAUUGGUAAUGAGAGGUUCAGGUGCCCAGAAGCUGAAUUCCAGCCAUCCUUCCUCGGCAUGGAGUCUGCAGGUAUCCAUGAAACCACCUACAACUCCAUCAUGAAGUGUGACGUCGAUAUCCGUAAAGACUUGUAUGCCAACACUGUAUUGUCUGGUGGUUCCACAAUGUUCCCAGGUAUUGCCGACCGUAUGCAGAAAGAGAUCACUGCUCUUGCUCCACCAACAAUGAAGAUCAAGAUCAUUGCUCCACCAGAGCGCAAAUACUCUGUAUGGAUUGGAGGCUCCAUCUUGGCCUCUCUAUCCACCUUCCAACAGAUGUGGAUCUCCAAACAAGAGUAUGAUGAAUCUGGUCCCUCUAUCGUUCACAGAAAGUGCUUCUAAACACGUUUGACUGAUUAGUUAAUGUUUUGUUAAGACUCAAAGUAUCACUUCCAUUAGCUGGUUGUUGUGAUACCGUGAAAUGUAUAUCACCAAACAUGAUCAGAACAUUUCACACCAGUCCCAGUUCGUCAAUCACGUGACGCGAAUCAAGCACCAACCAAUUCUGACUUGCUAGCUUUAACACUGCAAGAACUUUUCAGGAGAAAAAUGUUCAAUUUCUUUUAUUACUUUUUUAACUGUGCAUGUUAUUUUAUGUAAUUUAAUCAUGAUAUGCUUUGAACCUAGCAAAAACAAAUUUAUAAUGGCAAUAAAUACAUACUUUAUUUUCCUCA